AUGAGUGAUCCGUACCCGCAGCCCCAGACCGCCGAGGUGCGCCUACGCGUGCCGCUGGACUACGGCACGUCCACGGCGGAGGCGUCCGGCCGCUGGGACUACGUGAUCGUCUUCCCUAAUCCGCCCAAGCAUGUGAUCGAGGUGAGCGACGAGCGCGACACCAUCAUCAAGCGCCUGCGUGGGGCAGGGCUGCGGCUACGGCUCUUUUACUCGGUGGGGAAGGAACUCGUGUUCUGCAAGAUCCGCGCGCCCGAGGAGCUCAUGCGGCGCGAGGCCGAGUACCUCAAGAUGCACCUGCAGCUGGACCCGAAGGAGCUGCGCCGCGCCUCGUUCAACGGCAUCCCCGAGUACGGCAUCGCGCCCUUCCCGAUCCGCGACGUGAAGCAGACGUACCGCUACUCGCCGUUCGACUACAUCUUCGCGCCGUACUUCCAGGCCCGCGACUUGCAGCACUUCUACACCAGGAAGGGCCCCAACGGCUCGCUCUUCUCCAGCACCGAUCGUAUCAGCCUCAUCGAGCACAUCAUCACCAACCACCAGACAGGAGCCGGCCAAGACAUCGACCGACUGAUCUACGAGGGGAUCAUCGUGGAGACCUAUCCGUUGCACGAGGAAGAGGAGAAGAUGGAUCUCAAGGAGCACUGGAUCGUGUGGAACACGUCCCCCAUGAACCAGCCUUUCGACCGCAUCUGCCAGUACUUCGGCGUCAAGGUGGCGCUCUACUUCCUGUACUUGGGGCACUAUACCAAGUGGCUGCUGUAUCCGACUCUGGUGGGCAUCGUCACGGGCAUUGUGAGCUACUCCAUCCCUCACGACAACUACAACACCGUGUUUGCGUACAUCUCGCCGAUCUUUGGUGCCUUCAUGACUAUCUGGAUGACCAUUUACCUCGAGAACUGGAAGCGACUCAAUUCGCGGGAGACGCUUCGUUGGGGAACUGCACACUUCUCGGAGACGGUGAACCUUCGGCCGCAGUUUUACGGCGAGCGCAUCCCGUCACCCAUCAACGGCAAGUCCACACGAUACUUCCCUCCGCGUGAGAAGCUAAAGCGUGUGGCCUACAGUUGGGUUGUCAUCUCCUUCCUGAUUCUGAUUGUGUUCGUCAUCGUCUCGUCGAUUUUCAUGCUGACGUACGAUCUUACCAAGGGCAACGACUCGGACAAGCUCGUUUUGGACGAUUACAAGUACGGCUCGAUCGUGUCCUCUCUGGCAAACGUUGUUCAGAUUACUAUCAUGACGAAGAUCUACAACUAUGUGUCCAUCGUACUCGUGGACCAGGAGAACCAUCGCACGGACAUGGAGUACGAGAACAGUCUCAUCGUGAAGACUGUCAUCUUCCAGUUUGUCAACAACUAUGCGGGUCUCUUCUACGUGGCGUUCCUCAAGGAAGGCUUCGAAGGCUGCGAUAUCAGCUGCAUGCAUGAGCUCGAGUACAUGCUCGCCAUCGUGUUCUGCUCUCGACUGUUCGUCGGCAACAUUACCGAGGUUGCCAUCCCGCGCUUGUUCGUGUACAUGAGCAAGUAUCGUCUAUUGGGUCACUUGGACGACUACAAGAAGUCUGACGCUGAGCGCGAGCUUUUCAUGGCUCAGUACGACUGGCAUGGCACGUUCGAUGACUACACUGAGAUGGCGCUCCAGUUUGGCUUCACGACCAUGUUCGUUGUGGCGUUUCCGUUCGCGCCUCUGCUAUCGUACGUGAAUAACUACUUCGAAAUUCGUCUGGACGCAUACCGCCUCAUUUUCGAGUCGCGCCGCCCACGCCCGCGUAAUGUGCGCAGUAUGGGGUACUGGUACCUUGUGCUACAGGCUUUUGCAGCCAUCUCGGUGUGCACCAACGCCGCCGUGGUAGUGUUCACUGGUGACUUCUUCAACCACCUGGACACGUCGGCUCGCGUGUGGAUGUUCUCGAUAUUCAUCGGAGGUAUGUUCCUGUUCAAGUAUUUCCUUGAGGUUUGCAUCGACGACGUGCCCGAAGACGUGACGGUGCAAAAGUACCGCCAGGAAUUCCUCAUCAGCAAGUGUCUGUACCACAUGCCCGACGACGACGUCAACUGCCCGAUCGGCGACGACUGCGACGACCCGGAGAACAUGCUCACGAUUGACGACGAGGACUCUUCGUGA